AUGAAGAGAAAGACUGCUGAGGUCAAAGGUGAGAAGGAGAGGAACUCUAAACAAAUUUCCCUUGAGGAAGACAAGAUAAAGGGCUUGUUCAAUCCAAAAAUUUGGGACAAGACUUUCCAGGAUGGCUUGAAAAAGGAAAUUGAAAACUCUCAACCUUACAAUUGGGGUACUAUUCAUGAAUUGAUUAACGAUGAUCUACUACGUGCUGUUCGUAAAGAAAUUGAAACUGAGAUCCAUUUCACCAAAAAAGAAACCGAUAUAUAUAGAGUUAACCAAAGUGGUGACUUGGCCAAUCUGUCCGGUCUGGACUGGGAUGACUUGUCCCGUUUGCCUAAUUUGUUUAAGCUGCGUCAAAUCCUGUAUUCUAAGCAAUAUAGAGAUUUUUUUGGCUACAUCACCAAAGCUGGUAAAUUGUCUGGUUCUAAGACCGACAUGAGCAUCAACACUUACACAAAGGGUUGUCACUUGCUGACUCAUGAUGACGUUAUUGGAUCUAGAAGGAUCAGCUUUAUUCUAUACCUACCAGAUCCUGACAGAAAAUGGAAGUCGCAUUAUGGUGGAGGUUUGAGACUCUUUCCAAGUAUUUUACCAAACGUCCCACAUUCCGAUCCAUCCGCUAAACUGGUUCCACAAUUCAACCAAAUCGCAUUUUUCAAAGUUUUACCAGGUUUCUCUUUCCACGAUGUCGAAGAAGUCAAAGUCGAUAAGCACAGAUUAUCUAUUCAAGGCUGGUACCAUAUUCCACAAGUUGGUGAAGAAGGCUACAUACCAGGUGAAGAAGAAGCGUGGGUACGUAACAAUACUUCCACUUUGGCACAAAUUGAAUCUAAUGUCCUAGAAGAUUUUGAAUUUCCAAAGGAUGAAAGAAAUAUCUUGUCAUUUCAUGAGGUUAAGCACUUUGAAAAAAUGUUAAAGGGUGAUGCUGAUGCGAAUAGGGAUAAUACACCUAAGGAAUCUAUGACUAGUGUGAUUUCUGAUUCGAUCAAGUUGUCUGAAGCAGAGUUUGCCUAUCUAUCUCAAUAUAUCUCACCUGAACAUUUAAGCUCAAAAGGUAUUGAAAAAUUACAAAGGCAAUUUGUUGAAAACUCUUCUCUACAGAUUGAGUCGUUUUUAAAUGACAACAAAUCCCAAAUGUUGAAGAAAGUUAUCAAACAAAAAGAAUUGGAGCAGGAAUGUCCUUAUCAUUCAAAGGAUGUGAAGGCUCCGUGGAAAACAGCUAUUCCUCCACAUAAAGCCCGUUAUUUGUAUAUCGACGGUAAGGAAUACCGUAAUUUUCAAACAGAAGCUGAUAUUCUUGAGGCGUUAAAUAACAAUGAUUUGCCAAACUUUCAGUUUACCAAGGACGCAAUCAAAAUUAUCUCCGAUGCUUCCGGCAAUAGUAGGGAAAACAAUUUUGAUGCUGAAUUGGCAUUGAUUGACCUAGCUACAUUUCACAAAAGCACAAUUUUCAAGAAAUAUCUAGCACUGCUGACUUCUUUGUGCCCAGUCAGUGAACAAGUUCUUAUUAGAAGGUUUAGGCCAGGAAUGGAUUUCACUUUGGCCACCAAAUGUCGCUUCAAUGAACUUUUAAAAAGUAACUCAGAUAUCCUCGAUGCUGUCUUGGAAGGUACCCUGUGUUUGACACCUUCUGCUGGUUGGGAGUCAGGAGAGCUUGGUGGUUACGAAUUGUACAUGAUGGACGACGAGGAAGAUACUAAGCAGUACUUAAAGGAAGACGUUGAAGAUGCUUCUGUUUAUCGUGCCGAUGACAGUGGUGAUUCGGUUUUAAUUAAUGAUCCGCCUGCUUGGAAUACUUUUAACCUAGUUUUGAGAGAUGAAAGUGUUUUGGAAUUUGUUAAGUACGUCAGUUGGAGUGCUAAAUCUAGUAGAUGGGACGUCAAAAUGAAAUGGGAUGUCAAAUCAUGUGACGAAGAUGAUCAGGAAGAUGAAGCUUAA